AUGAGCGAUCCAUUGUCUCCAGUAUCUCUGAGAAGAAUGAAUAAACUCAUUCAACUUUCAGAAAAAGAACAACCAGUGAAAGUCGUCAAGAACCCCUUUUUGCCAACUCGUCUACUUGACGUGCAGGCAUCUUGUCCAUCUGGCUUACGUCUGGUUAUCACCGAAACGGAUCCCGACGUGUGCAAGCUUGACGCUUCGCAAAGACAAUACGCAGCGUUGAGUUACUGCGGGGGCUCGGGGGAUGCAGCGCUGAAACAGCUCAAAACUACGAGAAAUGUGUUACAGAUGCACCUUGCUGAGGUUCCUUUGGAAAAGGCUCCCGAAACAGUCGCUGACUCGAUCCGAGUCUGUCGAGCGCUCGGCUUGCGAUACCUCUGGGUCGAUGCCUUGUGCAUUCUCCAAGGGGAUCGGGAAGAUUGGUCAAAGGAGUCAUUCCAGAUGUCCAACAUUUACGAGAACAGUUACCUCACACUAUGCGUUGUGCAAGGUGAUUCGUGCUCCAGUGGUUUUCUUCGCAAGGACCACAACCCGCCCAAUGUAAGAGUUAAGUUCCAAUCGAAGCUUGAUGGCUCGAUUUCGGGCAAUAUCACUCUUCGAAUGCUUCACCCGCCCCCAGCAACAUUGCGGAGGUGCACAAAAGGAUUCGGGAAGUACAGUCGCAUUGACGAUGAGCCUGGGAAUUCGGAUCUCGAGUCUGCCUCGUGGGGCAAGCGAGGCUGGACGUUCCAGGAGGAUCAACUGGCUCCGCGAAAGGUGUUCUUCGGCAACCUGAUGUUCCACGUCAGUCGCGGUUCGAAGCUUGAAGCAGCCGACAGCUCUACUGUGGAACAUUUCCGUUUCAUCGACACUAUGGGUUCUUUGCAACAAGGACUAAAGACUUGGUAUAACAUGAUCAUAGACUACUCCGAACGAGUCCUUUCCUUUGAGCAGGACAAGUUCCCUGCCAUCGCAGCUUUGGCCAGACAUUUCAGCGAAAGAUUCGAGGGUCAGAGGUAUAUUGCAGGCUUGUGGGAGUCAGACAUCCAUAAAGGCCUUCUUUGGACCUUAACCUCGGAGUGGAAGGAAUUCGACGAAUACCAGAGGCUUGUGCCAAAGGAAUAUACUGCGCCUUCUUGGAGCUGGGCCCGUCGUCCCCUGCGAUUAGAUUGGGUUCUGAUUGGUGAUGAGAACCCCAAAUCCGAGCUGAUCAGGAGCUGUUGCUUGGGAUCGUCGUGA